AUGAAAGGGACAGUCCUGGACAAUGUCAGAAAGGUUAAAGACCUUGGGAUCACUGUUUCUGAUGAUUUAAAUUGGCGUUUGCACUUUUCCAACAUUACUUCAAAGGCAAACAAAGUUUUCGGUCUGAUUAAACGAGUAUGUAAAGAUUUGAAAGAUCCCGAUACAAGGAAGACUUUAUACUGUUCAUUGGUCCUACCACAGCUUGAGCAUUGCUCGCAGCUGUGGUCACCAAUCCAGGUCAAUCAAAAACUGCUCCUCGAAAACGUACAACGGCGUGCAACUAAGUUUAUCCUAAUUUAUCCUAAAGACAUGACAUACAAAGAAAGAAAGUUUAUCGGAACUUAA